AUGCAACCUAACAUUCUUUAUGAUAUACCUAGUUCUGAAAGUUUUAAUUCUUCUAAAGCAACACUCGAUGAAUUGACACCUAAUGAUAAAACACAGGACGAUAGAGUCUUUAGGUUAUUGGUAUCUUAUACUGAUAAUAAAACUAGUAAGAAAGAUAGAAUUAAACAAAGAAAACGUAGACAUAAAUUAGAAAUGGAUUUAAAAGUAUUAAAGAAUGAUAUAAAAGAUUUAAGAGUAUUAAAGAAUGAUAUAAAAGAUUUAGAGUAA